ACCUGCAGAGGCCGAGCGCCCGAGACGGCGCAGCCAGAGAGGAGAGCCCCGCGAUGGCCGUGUCUCGCCGCUCCAUGGAGCUCGCCGCCGCCGACGCGGCGGCGGCCGAUCCGGACCGGGCGCGGCUGCAGCAGCUGGGCUACAAGCAGGAGCUCAAGCGAGGCCUCUCCGUCCUCUCCAACUUCGCCCUGUCCUUCUCAAUCAUCUCCGUGAUGAUGGGCGUGACGAUAACGUACAACACCGGGCUGCGCUACGGCGGCCCAGUGUCCAUGACGCUCGGGUGGUUCGCGGUGACCUUGUUCAACGGCUGUGUGGCGCUGUCCAUGGCGGAGAUCUGCUCGGCGUACCCGACCUCCGGCGGGCUCUACUACUGGAGCGCCAAGCUCGCCGGCAAGGAAUGGGCUCCCCUCGCUUCCUGGGUCACUGGAUGGUUCAACAUCGUGGGACAGUGGGCUGCUACCACGAGCAUCGACUUCUCCUUGGCGCAGCUUGUGCAAGUGAUGGUCCUGCUUGGCACAGGGGGACUAAACGGUGGCGGCUACAUGGCAUCCAAGUACGUCGUGUUAGCCAUCUAUGGUGCCAUCCUUGUCAUCCACGGACUCAUCAACAGUCUCCCUAUCCAAUACAUGGCAUGGCUUGGCCAACUUGGAGCAUUUUGGAACGCAGCAGGUAUAAUUGUUCUGGUCAUCUUGAUCCCAUCAGUUGCUAAGGAGAGAGCAAGUGCUGGGUUCAUAUUCACCCACUUCAACGUAGACGAUAGCGCAGGGAUCCAUGACAAGGCUUACAUUCUAGCUGUGGGGUUGCUCAUGAGCCAGUACUCUGUUAUUGGCUACGAUGCAUCUGCGCAUAUGACGGAGGAGACGAAGAACGCUGAUUGGAGCGGCCCAAUGGGGAUCAUAACUUCAGUUGCUCUGUCCAGCGUGUUCGGAUGGAUUUACCUGGUGGCCCUGGCAUCGCUGGUGACAGACAUCCCGUACCUCCUGGACCCCGGCAACGACGCCGGCGGGUACGCCGUCGCUCAGGCACUGUACGGCGCCUUCCACAGGAGGUUCGGCACCGGCGUCGGAGGGCUCGUCUGCUUGGGAAUCAUCGCCAUCGCCACCUUCCUCUGCGGCUGUGCGUGCAUAACCAGCAACUCAAGGAUGGGGUAUGCCUUCUCCAGAGACCGAGCGAUGCCAUUCUCGCACGUGUGGUACCGGGUGAACAAGCAGGAGGUUCCCUUCAACGUUGUCUGGCUCUCCGUGGCCGUGGCGUUCAUCAUGGCCCUCACGUCGUUGGGGAGCCAGGUGGCGUUCCAGGCGAUGCUGUCCAUCGCGACCGUCGGGCAGUACAUCGCCUACGCGCUGCCGAUCGUCUUCCGUGUCACCACCGCCCGGAAAUCCUUCGUUCCGGGGCCGUUUCACCUCGGCAAGCAUGGUGUCCUCGUCGGCUGGGUCGCCGUCGCUUGGGUGGCCCUCGUCACCGUGCUCUUCUCCCUGCCGGUGGCGUACCCCGUCGCCGAGGACAACUUCAACUACACGCCGGUCCUCGUCGGCGGCGUGGUGUUGCUCAGCGUUGGCGCGUGGGUGCUCCACGCCCGGUUCUGGUUCCAAGGGCCCAUCACUAAUGUUGACGUGUAAUGUGGUUUUUACCGGGCCCAAAUUUUGCGCGUUUCACAUAAUUGUGUGGCUUACUGUGUCAUCAUCAUCAUCACGCAAGCGUUGAUUUUACAACAA